GUUUUUUUUUUCCAGUCCAAACAAAGAUAUUUCAAAAAUUUCAAUCCUUUUCCCUCUCUUUCUCUCAGUUUCCCUCCAUUUCCUUCCAUCCAAACAAAGCUUUAGAGUGGAUAUACCCAGCGCCCUGUUCCUCCAUCACGCCAUCACUCAGUGCCCAAUCUACAUUUCAACUUGCCCGUCUCAGACCACCAGUUUUCUUUCAAUACGCCAUUUCCUCACCUGCACACACAUUCCCCCUUCAAUCGAAUCCCAUAUCAGAACUAAUCUUCAACCCCAGCAGUUUCUAAUUAGCACCGAGCCCACUUACUGGACCUCCUCCUCCGCUUGUUUCCUCAUCGGCGGCACUCCACCGAGACUAGUUCACAGAAUCCAUUACCCCUUUUGUUGCCCACCCAAUAAAGGUCACUGAAGCUCUCCAUCUCCACAAUGCUACAUAAGCACCCAAUCUCGACUUCAUCGGAUCUCUUCUUGCCGCACUUCAUAAAAGCUCCACUACAAUUCCGACAGAAUUCAUAAAUCCCCGUUCUCAUAACUCACUGCACAAUCAAUUUUCCCUGUCUAAAUACCCAACAGCUCCUCAACCUCAGUCCGAUCCCACCUGGCCUACCGACCUCUUAGCUUUGUUCGUCCCGCUGCCGCCUCAAGUCCCCAGACGCACUGUAUUUCUCAUAAUAGCAGUCUCUCGGGUCAGACAGACGACACUUAACCACGUUCAAAGCCUGAAAUUGAUCUCGAGUGUUGUGGGUUGAAAUGGCUUGGUGGGAAGGCAUGGAUGAAACUCGUCUUCUCAUUGCGCCUAGUGCAAUUGAAAAUGGUGUAGGACAUUUUUUGUCACUUCAACAUCCAAAAUCAGCAGGAAAGGCAACAUGCUAUCUUCUCAUCAAUGGAGUGCUCCAAGAACUUCACUGGUUCAAGCAAUCCUACACAUCUUGGUUUCUAGGGGAUUAUGUUUGUGAAGAUGGGCGCCUAUAUUCUGCCACUCCAGUUGAUCCUGUCUUCAUUUUGUUGCCUAUUUUUGAGCAAGCUCGGAUGAAGGUGCACUUGUCAUUUCUGGUGCUUCAUUUAAAGUUAAUCGCAAAGACAAUAACAAAGGGGGAUGAUCCUGGGAAGUUCAGACAAUUAGAUGAGAUAAUCUUUGUUGAUGGCUAUCCUGGAUAUCACCGUUUAAUGUCCAUUGCAGAGAAUUGCAUGCAAGUAGUUUGUGAGAUAAAAGAAAUUGGCUCUUCAAAGUUUUUUCGCCUUGAUGAUUCAAAGGUGUUGUCUUGGUUGUCUUGCAAGGUCUGCCAAUUAAAACAGGCUCUACCCUCAUUGGACAAAAACUAUGCUGCUCAAGAUGAGAAGAGUACAUUGACUGAUGCUGUCACAAUAUUGGGGGAGUACUUGAAGGAUGAGCCCUGGUUGAAGCUUUUGUGUCAUAAUUUGAAAUUGAAUUUACUGGAGGCAACAAGUAAAGAACCAGGUACUGAAAUUUGUUCGACAGCUGCUGAAAAUUCCCCAGCAUCUUCUGGUCUGUUACAGGACAAGGUUAAGACUGACAGUAAAACAAAGAGAACUGGGAAACAAGCUAAGAAGAUUAAAGUGGAGACAGAAUCUCUCAACAUAAAAGAGAUGUUUAACCGAGCUUCCCGGAGAAGAUAAGGUCGAUAAAUCAGAAAUCUAGUUUUCUUGUCGUGGUGCCAUCUUACGCUAUUUAUUGGUUAUCUAAACAUCAUGAAACUCCUGCAACUGUGAUGGUCUUAUGAUUUUGUCAUUUGGAAGGAUGUUCAUUUUCUUUAGGAUUAAGUAGGAGGUCAGAUGGAUUUUGUAUCAAAUUUCAUGCUACCUUGAUGGUUUCAUCUAUGAAUUUCUAUCUUCCAGAUAAAAGUAAAAAAGGGUAGCAUGUUAUUAACUA